AGUGGAGAGAUGACAAGCUGCGCAUUGGAUAACAGCCUAACUAACAUCCAGUGGCUGGGAAGGAUGAGCUCUGAUGGCCUGAGUCCUUCCACUGUGAAACAAGAGAUGGAGAAAGAGAACCAGACCCCUGUACAGGUGGAGGGAAUCAAGAUAGAGGAGGAUUCUAGUGCUGUUGCUUCAACCUCCACUUCCUCAUGGCAGGACUCAAUAUCAGAACGGCCCCCCUAUUCCUACAUGGCCAUGAUCCAGUUUGCCAUCAACAGCACUGAGAAGAAACGUAUGACCCUGAAAGACAUCUACACUUGGAUUGAGGAUCACUUCCCUUACUUCAAGCAUGUAGCCAAGCCAGGCUGGAAGAAUUCUAUCCGACACAACCUAUCCCUUCAUGAUAUGUUUGUCCGUGAGACGUCUGCUAAUGGUAAAAUCUCCUUCUGGACUAUACACCCUGAUGCCAAUCGCUAUCUCACGUUGGACCAGGUGUUUAAGCCACUGGAUGCGGGGUCACCAACGUCGCCUGAGCACUCUGAAUCACAGCAAAAGCGACACAUUUCCGAACUCCAGAAGAAUCUGGGAGGCAGCAGCUGCAGCAAAACUGAAGCACAGAAUGCGCGCCGAAAGAUGAAGCCGUUGCUUCCUCGUGUCAACUCUUAUCUGGUUCCCAUCCAGUUCCCUGUAAGCCAGCCUCUUGUUCUGCAGUCCUCUGUGAAAGUACCUCUGUCUGUGGCCCAGGGAGCCUCCCUCAACAGCUCAGAGACAGGUCGGAGCAGCAAGCGUGUACGCAUUGCUCCCAAGGUCUUGUCGUCUGAAGAGCCAUCCCCCUUCCUGCCCAUGUUGCCUGUCAAGGAGGAGAGUCAAUGUGAGGAAGGGCCAUCCCCAUUUGCUUCAGCCCAGUCAAUGCAGGAGAAUGUCUCUCAAACUGGCAAAGAACCAGCUUCCUUCCCUGAAGCCCCGCACAUAAAGGAGGAGCAUGAGGGCUCAUGUCCUGAUGAAUGGCUUUCCCCACUCCCCGCAGCCUUUUCUAUAAAGGAGGAGCCAGUGCAGCCUGACGAAGAACAAGGCCUGUUCCUCCCAGUACCACCUGUGAAGCAAGAAAAACAUUUCACCAUGCUGAAGUCCCCACCCCGGGGCAUAUCUGACACACUAGUUAUAAAGAGACGGGAAAGGCGGGAAAUGGGCAGGUCAAGAAGGAAACAGCGCCUAGUGCUGCCUUGCUCAGAAGAGCCUCUCCUAGUUCUCCCUGAGAGCAGUAGCUCUGACUCUUUCAGGCUGGCAUCAGACCUUCCCUACCUGCAGGAAACCCAGCCUCUAGAAAACAUGUCACAACUGAGCUGUUGCCAAGAAGAAGGUGGUCCCUUUAAAACACCUGUCAAGGAGAUGUUCUGCAAGCUGCCAAUUUCUUCCACCCCCAGCAAAGUCCCAGUUGCUACCCCACCAAUGGUGGGGCUCAACCCUUGGAGAUCUGUACCGCUUGCUAAGGAAAACAGCACCCUGGACUUCAGCCCUGUGAGAACACUUACAGCACCAUUCACAUCCCUUCAAGAGAACCUGGAUUUGUUGGGUUUCAACAGCACUCCCCUUAAGAACCCUCUCUUUGAGUCCCCCCGAGAGCUUCUCAAUACAGAAUCCAAUGACAUGGUCUCAGGGCCACUCACAAGCUCUCCUGCUUCCAAUCCUGAAUCCACCAAACAGUUGUCAUCCCCAGAACUGCCAGCUUCUGGCCUUCCAGAAAACCGCUCACUCAUGGAGGGCCUGGUCUUGGACACCAUGAACGACAGCCUGAGCAAAAUCCUGCUGGAUAUCAGUUUUCCAGGCCUAGAGGAUGACAACCUGGCAACAGAUAUUAGCUGGUCCCAGCUCAUUCCUGAACUGAGAUAGGCUGACCUGAGCUGAGACCUGGAGACUUAUUCCUACGUUGCAAUUGAUGCUGGGCUCUACUGAGAUUUGCUCAGAUGGGAUAGGCAGAUCCCAUAGGUUGGCUUUGACUUACUUCCACACUGUACAAGGUACACUGGGCUGUACCAACACCUGCUUGGUUGCUGCUAUAAGCUCUUUAUGAGCUGCAGUAGAUGGGGGGUCUGGGGCAGGCUGGGACCUCUUAGCACAGGCCUGAGUUAUUGAAGUUCCUUGUUGAAGGGGAAAAUCUCCAGGUGGGUGCUAAAUGGCCCUGACACCCUGGAGGAAGUAAAGACAGGUCCCUCAUAUAUCUGUGGCUUAGAGAAAAAUCCCAGACCUUGUCCUCAGCAACUUAUUCGUCAUAAAAUACAGAUUGUUUGCAUUUUUCUUUAGUGUCUUGUCUGUAGGCUUAAUGACUCUGUAAAUAUUGUACAUUCCUUAAAUUAGUUGUAAUUAUAAGUGUAACGUUAUUCUUGUAGGUCUUUUAUGGGAGUAGAGCUGGGCGGUAAUAGACUUGGUUUAUACUGUCAUUCCCAACCCCUUUUCCCUCUCCCACUCUAAUCUCCUGUUGAGGCCUCAAGAUUACCCUUUUAGGUCUUCCUUGAAUUCAGAAACACACUGGUAUAUAAACCCAUGGUCCUAAAUGUUACUUGGGGCAGAUAUCUAAAAGAUCACUUCCACAUUCUAUCACGGUUUUUUUUAAUUCUAGGAUCCAGGAAAAAAACAUUUUGCUCAGUCUUCCUCUCAUAGUUGCAUCCUUCUUGGCUAUGGAGGAGGAAAACAGUUUCUCUUAAAUCUAGUUCUGACUUCUCUGAUGCUACAGCCCACUUAAACACCUAGCCAGAGUUAUUGCUGUAGCUAAAACUGACUUCUGCUGGGCUGCUUCCAACUGCUCUAAUCAGCGAGACUGACUGAAAUGGUUAAGAGGAUAAUUGCACAGUGAAAUCUCCAUGCAAAAAGUGGUCUCUUGAAACAUGAAAUACACUACUUGUGUUUCUCUCUCUGAAGUACGUAAUAAGGCUGCUGAUCCCAAUUCUCUAGAGUUGACAUAAUAAAAGCAGAAAGUGCCAUAAAAUACUUUACCUUGGUUCUCCUGUUCAAAAACAGCUGUAUGUCACCAAGCUUUGUUUCUGUCUCCAAUUGCUACUCGCUGUAUAAAGCCAGGGUAAAAAUGCUCCACUGAGUACUGUCUUUGCUGCUGUUAAAGGUCCUAUUCCCCAUCGCCAUUUUUUUUUUCUCCUUUUAUGCUGCUGCUUUAUGGCAAUUCACUCGGGGUAGAAAAUACAACAAGCAGUUAAUUUCACAUGCCUGAGGCUCAUGCUCUAGUCCUGUGACCCAGCUUUGCAACCAGGCUCUAGCCUGCUUUAGAGUGUAAUUGGAUCAGGGGGGAAAAAUGGGGGGUUGUGGGGAAGAAGGAUGAGUUUAGUUCUACCUUGCCUGUAUCUGGAGUAAUCCUACUAGCAUGGAUGUUACUUUGAGAAGAAAAAUUGUUCAAGGGUUAGAGAACUAGUCUGCAGAGAGACACCUAGAUUUCAUUCAUAUUCUGCCAGAGUUGUCCACAAUCCUGGUGAUUAUGGACAAUUCUGUGUUCCCUGUUCUCUCUUUUAAAAUGGAAAUAGUAGUGCUACCCUGUCUUGUAGGGGUGCUGUAAGGAUAAGUUCAUUAGAGUUUGUGAUGAGCUCUGAUGCUAUAGUGAUAGAAGGCCAUGAGCGAACUUAAAAGGGAUGUGUCCAGUUCAGAUGUCUGGGUAGAAGACCCAGGCAGUAGCUGGCCUAAGCUUUUCUUUUCCUCUGCUAGGAAGAAAACCUCCUUCUCCCCAUCCUAAGCACCAUUUAACUUUUAGAGGGGAGGAGAACUAGAACAAGAUGUUUAAAGAUAAAGGAGGUGGAUGGAAAAUGCAGGGGAGCAAGGGCAAAGGAACAAAGGAAAUCACAGCAGAGGAAAGAGGAGAAAAUAAAUGGUGGCAUCUGUGGCUGAGCAUGGAGCAAAGGGAUAGCAACCCAUCACGAUGCCAAGGAGUUCUACUAAAGACAGACUGGGAGGUACUUAAGCACCAAGCCACUCUGGGAUCCAAGCAAGUGUUGAGACUUGCUGAAUAGAAAAAUGCAGCAUAGGCCCAUCCAAUCCAGUAUCCUGGGGCUAGGGUGAGAUAGCAGGAAACACCACAAAGGACUAUUAAAGAAUUACAUGUCCACAGGGGUAGUUUUCUCUAGCCUCCAUCAGUUAGGCAUUGGUUGGUACCCUGUGGACAAGGAUUUUUUUAUGUUGAGAAAACUUCUCGUAUAAUUGGAUGUUACAAGACUAGUUGCUUCUUGCACCAAGUUUCACAGGUUAACAGACUGGAGGUAACAAACUGGCCUCUAAAGAGCUUUGGGCCAUUUUAAUAUUUUUAUGUUAGCAACCCUCCCUUAUUCCUAAAAAGCUUACAUUAGGAGAGAAAGCCAAUGGGGUUUUGGAGUCUAACUAAAAUUUUCCCUAAUACCAAUUGCCCCUCAAUUAUUGCACUACCUUCUUAUUUUACUAAUAAGCAGGAAGCGCCCUUGUAGUAAUAUGUAAUAUCAUUUUCAACACUUUGCCAGGGGCUUCAGAGAACUGAGUGCUAAGUCCAACCUAUUCCUG